AUGCCUUGCAAAUGCAAGGACAAAAUUACCGCAUUCCUCGUCAAGGCUGGAUUCAAAGAUUUCCUCAAGGUCGCUAAUCAAUCCGGACCUUUCAUGUUUAAUCUAGCUAUUCGACGGCUACAAUCCUUGUACUCCGAUGUGUUUGAAGUCGAUGAGCAUGUGGUACUGGAGAGGUGCACAGAUUCUCUACCACUCAAUGCUGUAGUGGAUCGCAGGAUAUUUGUGGAUGAUAUCCGUGUACGGGCUAUUGGACAAAGCAGCUUCGACAACGAAGCACCAUCUCAAUUGCAGGGUUCGAAUAAGCUUCAUGAAGAGGUUGCUGCGCCGACUCCCACUACUAAGAAGUCUGUUUACUUCAAGUCUCUUGGCACUACUAAGAAGUCUGUUUACUUCAAGUCUCUUGGCUGGGUUGACAUUCAUGUCUAUCUACUAGGCUUUCUGUCCCAGAAUAACACUGUUAAGGGCCUGGCGUUAAUGGUCGACAAGACGCAAACUCUGAUCAGUGCCACUGUCAUUGAUCCUGUCCAGCUCUCUGUCUUCCGCCAUCGAUUUUACGGUGUGGCAGAGAUGAGACGUGUUUUGCAGAAGGUUAGCGUGAGUGCAAAUAUUAAAGAGCGUUUGAAUUUCAGCUGUGCUAUAUUCUCCUCUGGAGGGGAUCUCGUCAAUAAUGCACUCUAUGUUACAGAUAUGAUUGGAUCCAUGAUUGAGCAAUGGGAGGGCAGAUUGCAGGAUGGCGAUGUGCUGCUUUCAAAUUCUCCAGAAUAUGGCGGUGUCCAUCUCCCAGACUUAACCCUCAUCGCACCUGUCUUUGAUUCAGAAGUCAAACAGAUCAUCUUUUGGACAGCAUCGCGUGGUCAUCAUGCCGACGUUGGCGAAGUUCUUCCGAGCUCUAUACCCCCAUCCUCUAAGCGCUCAUCUGAAGAAGGACGUGUAUUUGAUUCAUUCCUCUUUAUGAGAGGGAUGGCAAGUUUGAUAAAAAGAUAUUAA